AUGGCAGAAUACGUCACAAGAAUUCCACCAAACCAUUACAUUCAUGUUUUGGAUUAAAAUACAAACACAGCAAGGCUUGAAGUUGGCCCACAUACUUUCAUUCGAAAAGAGCAUGAAAGCAUUAUAGAAGGUCCAAGCAAAAUGAUUAGUUUACCACCAAAGACUUAUUGCAAUAUUUAGAAUCCAAUCUUAAGAGAUAAUAAAAAUUCUCCAGUCAAGAAUGCUUAUGGAGAAGUUGAAAUUUAAAGAGGGGAAAUAGAAUACAGAACAGCUGAUGAUUAUCCAGACCCUUUUCCUUUGUUUCCUGGGGAAAAAUUGGAAGGCAGAGUUGAAACAUUACUUAUUGUCUAACAGAACACAGCAUUGAGGUUAGUCGCCAUCAGGGAUUUCGUUGCAGAUGGAAAGUAGAAGUAGGCUGGAGAAGAAUGGCAACGCAACGGACCAUUUACUUACUAUCCAAGAGCAGAAGAGUAGAUAGUCGAAGUAGUAAAGGCAGAGGUCAUUAAGCCAAAUUAGGCUUUAAAACUAAAGGCAACAUAAACAUUCAUUGAUAAAAAUGGCAAGGAAAGAAGAGCAGGAUAAGAAUGGCUCAUUAGAACAACAGGAUCUUAUUUGCCAGACACAUUCGAAAGAGUAUCUGAAGUAGUAAGAGGAGUCGUACUUACAGACAAAGUGUGUGUUCAUUUAAGAGCACUUAAUGAGUUCACUGAUGUUUAUGGUAUCAAGAGAAAACCUGGAAAUGAGUGGAUUGUCACCAAUAAGUAAGCUUAAGUUCACAUCACGGAUGUCUAUGAAUAACUAGUUGCCGUCGAAUAAGCUAUUACUCUUGGAUCAAGAAAUUAUUGUAUUAUUCUUAAUCCUUAUAAUCCAAAACUUUCAUAAAAUGAUUGGGGAAUCCAAGUGUUGAUCAAAGGAGAAACAACAUUCUUCUUAUAACCAGGAGAAGAAUUAUUAGGGGGCAAAAUCGAAGAUAUUGUUAUAUUAGGUGAAGAAGAAGCUCUUUUGGUUUAGGCCAUUUAUGACCAUUCUGAAGAUGAUGGACAAUUCAGAAAAGCUGGUUAGAGAUGGAUCAUUAGAGGCCCAAGAGAAUACAUUCCAGGAGUCAAAAUCAAGGUGAUAGAAAAAAGAAGAGCCAUUCCAUUAGAUGCUAACGAAGGUAUCUAUGUCAGAGACAAUCGUACUGGAGAAGUCAAAGAAAUCAAAGGAAAAACCUAUCUUUUGGAAGCACACGAAUCCUUAUGGGAGAAGCAUUUACCUGAAAAUGUUGAAAUUCUCGUUUAAAGAGCUUCAACUGGAUAACCAUACGUUCCUCCAUCAGUGUAAGCAUCUGGAAAAAUUGCUUAUAAUUUUGAAUCAGAAUAACUCAAGCCAAGGGAUAAAACUAAAAUCAUUUCAUUCAAAGCACCUCAUAAUUCAGCCAUAUAAUUAUAUGACUACAAACUCAAGAAAUCAAGAGUAGUUUUUGGACCAGAUCUUGUAAUGCUUGGACCUGAUGAAUAAUUUACAGUCAUUAAAUUAUCAGGUGGAAAGCCUAAAGUUGAAAAUCUCAUCUAAACUUUAACUUUAAGUUUAGGCCCUGAUUUUAUGACUGAUCAAUUGAUUGUAGAGACAAGUGACCAUGCAAAAUUAAAGCUAACUCUCAGUUAUAAUUGGCAUUUUAAAGUAAAUAAGGAUGACCCUAAUGAUGCUUAAAAAUUAUUUGGAGUCAAAGAUUUUGUUGGCGAUGCAUGUAAAUCCAUUGCUUCUAGAGUAAGAGGAGCUGUAUCUUCCAUUACAUUUGAAGAUUUUCAUAACAACUCUAGCGUAAAAAUUAGGGAAGCUGUUUUUGGAAAGGAAGGAAAUGAAAUUAGAACAUCAUACACCUUUGAAGCCAACAAUUUGGUCAUUACAUCUGUGGAUAUUUAAGGCUAAGAAAUCACAGAUGAAGCAACUAGAAGAUAGUUGAGUCAGAGUAUCAAUUUGGCUAUUGAAAUCAGUUCAAAGAGUUAAGAAAUGCAAUCAAGACAUUAAGCUUCAAAGUUAGAAUAAGAAGCUAAAGGGCAAUUAGGGAGAUAAAAACUCCUUGAUUAGGCUAAGGCAGAAGAAACAAAAAUCGAGUUAUUAAAACAACAAGCGUAGAGUGCCAAAGUUAGAGCAGAAGGAGAGGCUGUAGCUAGAGCAAUAGCUGAAACUAUGGAAAAGAAGAUCAAAGCUGAAGCUGAAGUCAACUAAGCUGAGCUCAGAUCCAAAGCUUUGUAAAUUGAAUAAGAAGCUUUGUUAGAAUAACAGAGAUAAGAAUAAGAGGCAGAGUUAAAUUAUCAAAGAUAACUUAUUGAAUUGGAAAUCAAAAAAGCAAAAGAAUUAUCUGAUAUUGAGAUAAAGAAAUUCAAGCAAUAAAUCUAAGCUAUUGGAAAAGAAACUAUAAUUGCUAUGGCUAAAGCAGGACCAGAAACUAAAGCUAAAUUAUUAGGAGGGCUAGGACUAAAAGGAUUCUUGGUAACAGAUGGCAAAAAUCCAAUUAAUCUAUUCAAUACAGCCAAUGGAUUUAUUGGGGAAAAUCUAAAAUGAUUUAUCAUUAAAGAUCAUCAAUAUCAUAAUUUGUUAUUCUGCUAAAUCUGGU